GCUGCUGCUGGUGGUGGUGGUGGUGGUGCACCAGCUCGGCUGCCCCUCUACGAGGCACACUGGCACGGGAUUGCAGACAGCUGCCUAUCUCUCCCAUAGCUGGGUCCGUGGAAUCUGGAAUGCAGUGUUCCUUCCUCCCCCCCCCUCCACCCCCCUCCACUCCCACAUCAGCCACCGUGUCAGCAUCAGCAGCAGUACAGAGAGAAGUAGCUACUGCCUGCACUGAGCACAGCACCGGAGAGAAGUCAUCCUCAUCCUCAGCUAGUGGGACAGCAGCAGCAAGCAGAGCCGCAGGGGUCACUGGGGUGGGCAAACCAGGCUGCCUAAAAGUUGGGGAGGGGGUCCCUGUCCCCCCUUCCCCCCUUGUCGUUUGCUCCUAUGUCUGUGGCCAGCCAGCACUGCUCCCCUUUGAUGUUGCACUGAGCUAUGCUGCGCAUGCCUAGCCUCUCAGAAUUACUGCACUGGUCACAAUAAGUUGGAUGUCUCCUGCUCUUCACUGAAAGCCCUGAAUCAUAUCAAAAUCUUAAGGGAUGUUGAGGAUCAAGAGAAGAGGCUACGCUGGCAUCUGGGCAUUCCAAGUUAUCAUAGCCAUGGUCUGUGCACAGAGUGCCAAUGAUCCCAGCAAUAUGUCACUGGUUAAAGAGACUGUGGAUAGACUCUUGAAAGGCUAUGACAUCCGUUUGAGGCCAGAUUUUGGAGGUCCUCCUGUGGCAGUCGGAAUGAAUAUAGACAUUGCUAGUAUAGAUAUGGUCUCAGAAGUCAAUAUGGACUAUACACUGACAAUGUACUUUCAGCAGGCAUGGAGGGAUAAAAGGCUUUCGUAUUCAGUGAUUCCUUUAAAUUUGACCUUGGACAAUAGAGUGGCAGAUCAGCUCUGGGUUCCUGAUACAUACUUUCUAAAUGACAAGAAAUCCUUUGUUCAUGGAGUUACAGUGAAGAACAGAAUGAUUCGUCUUCAUCCUGAUGGCACAGUGCUGUAUGGUCUGAGGAUUACAACCACUGCUGCCUGCAUGAUGGAUCUAAGGAGAUAUCCACUAGAUGAACAAAACUGUACAUUAGAGAUCGAAAGUUAUGGCUAUACCACUGAUGAUAUUGAGUUUUAUUGGCGCGGAGGCAACCAUGCGGUUACAGGCGUUGAUAGAAUUGAAUUACCACAAUUUUCCAUUGUUGACUACAAGCUGCUCUCGAAAAAUGUUGUUUUUUCCACAGGUUCCUAUCCAAGAUUAUCUCUCAGUUUUAAGCUAAAGAGGAACAUUGGCUAUUUCAUCUUGCAGACAUACAUGCCUUCUAUUUUGAUCACCAUCCUCUCCUGGGUUUCUUUCUGGAUCAACUAUGAUGCAUCAGCUGCUCGGGUUGCUUUAGGAAUAACAACUGUUCUGACCAUGACUACUAUCAACACUCACCUCCGGGAAACACUGCCAAAAAUCCCAUAUGUGAAAGCCAUUGAUAUGUAUCUAAUGGGUUGUUUUGUUUUUGUCUUCAUGGCUUUGCUAGAAUAUGCAUUGGUGAACUACAUAUUUUUUGGUAGGGGGCCACAGAGGCAAAAGAAGGCAGCGGAAAGGGCUGCAAGUGCCAACAAUGAACAGCUGCGGAUGGAAAUUAAUAAAAUCAGAACCCAAGGGGCCAACCCAACUGGCAGAACAAUGGAGUUUGAAAGUAUGACACUCCUGCAGUUCCCAAGAAACUCAUCCCAGCCUCUACGGGUAACUAUGGAUCCACAUGAAAAUAUUUUAUUAAGCACGCUUGAAAUUAAAAAUGAGAUGGCUGCAUCAGAAGCUGUGAUGGGCCUUGGUGAUCCAAGAAGCACUAUGUUGGCUUAUGAUACUUCCAGUAUCCAGUACCGGAAAGCCGGAUUACCCAGACACAGCUUUGGACGGAAUGCUUUAGAACGACAUGUUCAAAAAAAAAGCAGACUACGGAGACGUGCUUCCCAGUUGAAAAUUACAAUCCCUGACUUGACUGAUGUAAACGCCAUAGACAGAUGGUCACGCAUGAUCUUUCCUGUGGUCUUUUCAUUCUUCAACAUCGUUUACUGGCUCUAUUACGUAAACUAAGACUUAAUGCCAUACAGUAUACAAGAACUGGAUGCCCGUUCAGUUUAUGUGUGGAACCGGAAGUGGGGCUUAAACAAAACAUAUUCAGGACACAAGCUAUUUUAAAACACCUUAGUUGCUGGCACUUUCCACCGUAGAGUCUGUUGUACAAAUUCAUUCUAAACUCAUUAGAUGAAUAACACUCUUCCAUCUUUCUUAUGACAUUAUUUUUUUUUUCUGUCCCUGAUUAGGGUUUCUUGUUCACUGCAUUUAAGUGAGAGCUAAAGCAACACCAAGCGUAUAUGAUAUGUCUUGAUUAACAUGCUUAAAGAAGACUGACAAAAUAAAAUACUAUAUACAUUUUGGAUGGAACUGAAGAAGUUAUUACACAAUUCUAAAGCUUACCUUAGAUGUGCCAUUUGCUGGAUCCGUUGGGAAUAUAAACUCACUGGGGUAAUACCACUAGCUUAGCCUUCUUGAAAGCUAGGCAGUCCAAGCAGUAGGAGAAAGUCAGAUGGUACUGUAACCCCCAGCGGAUCCACUAAAUGCUACAUCCAAGUAUGAUUUCAUCUCAUCCAACUCUACAGAUAACUAAACAUUUAAAGGCUAAAUUGAAUUGCAUCUGUGUAUUAGUUUUUCAUUACAGCAGCAACACUUUUUUUCCAGUUAAACUUGAGUUUCUAUGUCUACGUAACACCACAUACAUUUGUUUUAGUAGAUAUUUUAUUAUCAGUAAUAAUUUACAUUUCUUCAUUCAUUGACUUAAAAAUGUUGAACAUUUGAAAUACCAUUGACCAAUACUUGCAUUUACCCUUUUUUAUUUUUUAUUGCUUUGCUUAUGGUACUGUAUAUUUUCACUUUUAGUUAUUUGAACAUAUUUAUCUCAUUUAAUUUACCACUUCCUAAUUUAACAGUAAUUAUUUUAUAAGAGCAACUGUUGUGCUUUAAUUAGCAUACAAUGAAUUUUAGUUGAAAUCAUUAACGCAUGAAAAAAAAUUCCUAUAAUCCAGAAAUCCUAAUCAGAGGCUUCACAAAAGAUUUUUAAAUUCCUAAUUGAUUCUUUUCUUUCUAUGGAGCCUAUUUCUUAUUGACCCUUAUUGUCUUAUAUUGCGUUAAUAAGGAAUUUAUUUGGGAGAUCGUUAUCAUUCUGCUCUUGUUGAGACAUUGAAUCUGAAAACAAAGUUUGCCUCUUGGAAUGCACCAACAUCGGACCACACAUGUGCAAGUUAAGGCUACCACAAUGGUAUCUAAUGCAGUGUUGAAGCCAGUACAUUAGAGAUGUCUAAGAUUGUGUAAGCUAUCAAGGGAUCAAGAUCUGAAAAGCUUUAUAUAUUGAAGAAGACUGCAGCACACAUGAAAAAAUUGGGAAUGCAUUAUUCUGCAUUACUUAGCUGAACGCAGGAGUUAUCUAUGAUUAUACCCUGUGCUCAAACCUUUAGUACAAUACAAAUAUAUUUAAACUGAGAGGACUUGAUAUAUAGGCCCCUAAGACAUUGAAAACUUUUUUCAAUCUUCUCAAGGUCAACCACUAUCAAAAAUUAAAUUUUCUGCAGGAAGAGAGAUUUUUCCCUUUUAGUAGUUAUGCAAAGUGAAGCAGGAAUUUGUUUAUGUAAAGUAGUAAAUUAAUGGGGUCUAUAUUUGUCAUUUCCAUUUCUGAUCAUUACUAUGAAUGUAAUAAAAACAGAAUUCCACUGCAAUUUAUCAAGUGUAGCCACUCAUAACACAUGAAACACACAGUAACUGUACUUCUUGGUCAUGGUAUUCCAAAGGUGAUUUAAAAAUGUGUUUAUUGUCAACAUCAUACUCAUCACAAGCCAUUUGUUUAUAUUGUAUCAUGCUUGGGAAACUUGGCAAAUCUUAUUGUUCAUGGAAAGCAUGUACAGUAUACACUACUAUACUAGAAUGUAGAAUUAGUAUACCAUUGGAGGGGGGAAUCAGAAUGUAAACUCAUGAAUAGAAUGUACAUGUUGUAGCUAAUCUGUAUCCUUAACCAAGUGCUACAUGUAAGAGCUUUGCCUGCUUUGUUGAAAUAAGGAACUGUAUCAGCUCCUUAAAUAUUGCAUGCUAGCGUUAUUAGAGGGCUUUGUGUAUAGGGUACAAAAUGUUCCAAGUACGGUACAGCACAUGAGUAGAUAAUUCAGCAUGGUUCAGAAUCAUCUUAUACGUGCUUCUUGCUUAAAAGCCAGCUUCAUUCACAUACAAGCUUGCAUUUCAUGUAAGGGAGAGAUAAAAAGGUAUGCUAUGUUUUUUAUUGCUGGCGUCAAAUAUGCCAUAUUUUUUACUUGCCUUAAAAGAAGAAAUCUCUUGCUAAAUUACUACAUGAAGGAGGGUUUAAAUUGCAACAAAACAUUUAGUUUUAUUUUUAAUUUGUGAUUUUUAUAGGUGAAUCAACUUAUACAGUAGCUACUCUCUUGUCUUGAGGUCAACAGGGCAGUUUUCCCUUACAGCUAAAAAUUGAAGGGGGUACCAUAUCAAGAUGCUGUUGGAAUCUUACUAGAUCCACUACAGAAAUAAAUAUUAAUCCCACACUUCUGUGUGUGUGUAUAUAUAUAUAUAUAUAUAUAUAUAUAUUUAUUAACAGUUUCUUAUAUAGCGCAGCAUAUUCCGUUGCGCUUUACUAUUAGAACAACAGUAAUAGAGCAAAACUGGGUAAAAACAGACAGACAUAGAGGUAUAUAUAUACAUAUCAGUCUUUUGCAUUUUUCAUGUGACCGAAAUAUUAAACCAGAUUAAAUAGCUCUCAUUUUUUGUGGACUAUAUAAUAAUAUUUCCACUGGUGUCCCCCUAUUCUAAUGCUGGCCCAAACAAUGCUACUGUAACUACAUUUAAAUUUUUUGUAUCAAAAUGUUUACAUAUGAUAAAAUAUACGUUUUCAUGUGUUUUUAGCCAUAGAUUUCUAUACCAUAACCUCAAGUUAAAUGUCCAGAUGUUGAGGCAGCUUGCUGAUAAUCAAAUGUGCAUACAUAAUUACAUGGUGCAAGAAAUAAUGAUUUGUUGUAACCCAGUCAUAUAUCAACAGUCUAGCACUUUGCCCCAUAUUAUGUGAACCAAACUGUGUUUUUUACUCUGAAAUCCAUAAGGCUUUAUCAUGACGUGAUUUUAUUUGAGGUUAUGAUAAGUGGUAAAAACUAAAUCUGGCUUUGUAGUAGAUCACAAAACUGUUGAAAGCCUUAAAAUAAAAUCAGUAUGUAUAUUUAAUUAGUUUAGGCUGUAGUGAGCAUAGAAAGAUUAAAUGAUAAGAAUUCUAUUGAAUAUAGAUACAGAAUUUAAUUUAGUGUUGCUUGGGGCCACUUUGCUUUUUAGGAAAAAGCUGGACCAAUCAAAAUAACAAUAUACAUACACAGCCAUAUUCUAAAAGGAAACAUGCAACUGAUACUGUCUUCCUAAUCAUUCAGGCAGAAAGAAAAACGUAUUGGCAUAGAUGCAAUGUCAAACCGUUAUUGCUAGCAAAAACGUUGCGCAAUCUGACAAUCCAGCAAAUAAGGUGUUUUUGAAUGUCAAGGUCGGAGGCAAAGCUUAAUACUAUUUGGUGUUGUUGGUGGGUUUGCAGCAUGUUGCAGAGCAAUAUGUUAAUGACCUCUCCAAAUGUAAAGUUUAAUUAUUGACUUAUUUUAUGGUACAGCUUUAAAGAAAUCUUUGAGACGUGUCUGUAAAUACUUACUGUAAAUGACUGCUAGCAAGUAUGAUAGUAUGCAUUUCCUAAUCUAAGCAUCAUGUGUCUGUGUUUCCAUGACGAAUGCUCUGUUUAUAUUUAAUACAAAUGCAGGGUAUUUAUUGGGUAAAUUAUUUUACAAUGUCUAUAGAUAUAUCCUUUCUCAUUCUUAAAUAUAUAAAUAUAUAUAAAUAUAAAUGUCUGUAAAGAGGUUAUAAAAUAAUAGAGAAUUUUUACAUUAAUUAUAGCAUAUUAUUAUUAACAUUUAUUUCAUUUAUGAGGAAAAAGCACAAAAUGCAUAGCAGUAAAUUAGUCAUUUAGUAAUUCUAUUGAACAAUCAUAAUUUAUUUGUACAUGGUUCUGCAAAAGGCGUAAAAUUCGGUGUCACAUCUCAAUUAAGUUUGCAGUACUUGAAAUGUAGCUUCAGUAGGUGAAUAGUACACAUAUUAAAUGUGUGUAUGUAAUAAAAUGGUGGAUGAUCACAGGAAUAAGCUAAUACCAAUUUUUUAUGGUUCAAUAAAUACAGGAAACUUUUACGUUUGUGAUUUUUGGGGAAAAAAAUUAAACAUAUUAUGUCUUGUAAAUCAGACAUUCUAGACUGCAUUCUAUAAAUACAAAAUACCACACUGGAUGUUAGUACUGUAAAAAACCCUUUGCAACACACAUUAGACAAAUCUACUCAUUGCUUGUCUAUUUCCUAUUUUUUAUACCAAUGCUGAUAACCAGUCAAAUGAACAAUACAUAAAACUUGUUAAACAACCAAGAGAAGCAAAAAUAUGAAGAUUUUUAGAAACUAAGUAAUGUAAGUGUUAUAUAUAUGAAAAUACACUGAUGUAGUGAUGCAUAACAUUUUGCUACAUGUACAUAGGUCAUAGAUGUGAGCAUUCAUUAAAGUUGACCGUUUGUAAAUACACUCAGAACUUUCUUAAAACAUUUUUAACUUCUUAUUUGUACAUAAUGGCAAGGGCAAAUUAUACUAUAGUACAGUAAAAGUGUUAUAGCUUACUUGUAAAUAAUGAAAAAUGCUUUCCUUUAUUUGAUAAUUAUUUUGUGUUAUCUUGAUUUUCAACAAAAACUGAUUUGCUUUAGUGAUUUGGAUAUCAUUAUGCUUAUUGUUUUAUUGUUUUUCAGAGCUGGGCUUUUUCAUACAGUAGAUAUGAGGGUGAAUGGAUAUGGUAUUUUUUAACCACAAAAGAAUCCACACUAACAGUAGAAUGUAAGCAGGUCUAUAAAUUGACAUUUGUGCCAUGUAUGUCAGUGGCUAUUAGUACCACAAACUGCAUUAAAGAUUUCCAUCCAGUUUAAAUGCAUAAGAAUAUAGGAAGAUUGCAUUAUUAAGAAUCCUACUGUAUGUUAUAAAAAAUGUCAUUAUCUAUUGACAGUACAUCCAUCUCCUCUAGCCCCAAAGUGCGGUGUUUUGGAAUUAUCCUUGACUCCUCCCUCUCCUUCAAACCAUAUAUUGAGAACCUUUUGCAGUCCUAUCAUUUCCAUCUAAAAAAUAUUUCUGGGAUCAGACCCUUUCUCACUCAGGAUGCUGCUAAGACCCUCAUUUACUCACUUGUCAUCUCUAGACUGAACUACUGUAACCUCCUCCUACAGUAUCUGGCCUCCCUGACUCCCACCUUUCCACUCCAGUCUGUCCUCAAUGCUACCACCUGGCUCAUCUACCUCUCAAAUCUACUACAUCUGCCUCCCCUCUCCUACUAGCCCUACACUGGAACUCUUCCAGUUCAGAAGCCAAUUCAAGAUUCUUGCACUCAAUUACAAAGCCUUCAUCCAAUCCACUCCCAUUUUCAUCUCUGACCUUCUCUCCCUUCACACUCCCACCUGCCUUCUUUGCUCCAUAAAUGAAUGCCAUCAAUCCUGCUAGUUGAUUACUUUUUCCCACUCCCUAUUCCUAGAUUUUGCUUUUGCUGGUUUCUACCUCUGGAAUUCUAUCCCUCUCCCUAACAGAAUCUCCACCUCUAACCAAAACUUCAAAUGAGCUCCUAAGCAAUCCAGGUGUCAUACUAACCCACACGCUCACUGCCUACCCCAUCUGUGUCAUCUCUGUCUCUGCUUUAGAAAGUAAGCUUCUGUGAGUAGGGACCUCUUCCCUCAUAUGCUUUUCCUUCCCCUACUUAGAAUAUCAUCUACUCCAUUCUCCUUCCAAUGACACCUAACCCUUGGGUUCUGCCACUUUUUUGAGUGUUUAUUUGAAUGUUUAUAAACCAUGUACUUGUUCUGCAUUGUCUUGUAUUGUAAGUCACUGUACUCUUGUUUUGUUCAUAUAUUUAUGUACGUUGUAAGGCACUGCAGAACCCUUGUGAGGCCAUAUAAAUAAUAGAUGAUGAUAAUAAUAGUAAUAAUAAUAAUAGGACUUUAAAUAUACAAAAAUGUUAUUUACUUCAAGACACAAGAUAGCAUAGGAAAAACAUGAUGAAAUUAACAAUUAAGAUAUUUACAGUUUAAGACUUUCAAAAGGAUGUUUAUAAUACUACUACUUCUACUACUACUACUACUACUACUACUACUACUAAUAAUAAUAAUUAUUAUUAUUAUUAUUAUCAUCAUUAUUCUAUAGGCAACACAACUUCACAAAAAACAUUAUAUAUUACUCUUGUGAAACUAUACAUACACAACAUAAUUACUUAAUUUAGAACACUAAUAGUCAUUGUCUUCCAAAGUAAGAUCUUCAACAAAUUAUUUUAUAAGAACAUUGUAUUAUGAUUUCUAAAAAGAAUUUGAUUUAAAAAAUAAUUGUGUGCAAAUAUGUGCCUUAGUACCUCUGUCUUUAGCUUAUAAUUAGUUUCACUGUAAACUGUUCUCUAAAUAAGGGUUUCUUAACAUAAAAUUUGGGAAUGAAAACAUCGGUCACAAAGCCUGCAUGGUACUCAUUUGAUUUCUUAUUAGCAUGUACUGUCACAUUAGUAUUAUGCUUUAGCAUCAUUAAGUCGAAAAAUUCACUUUAGCUAAAUAAUAAUUUUUAUGUAGUACUAAACAUUGGGUUGAUAAGCUAACUUACAGACAUUAUUUUAGUCCUGGAAACAGAGCAAAAUAGGUUGGAUUCUGACCAACACUGCCAAAAUACCCUGUGCUAGAUACUGUAAAAGUAAAAAAAUAUUUUGAUGUUCAAUUCCUAAUUAUUAUAUAAAAUUAAAAUUUUCAUAAAUUUCAAAAUAUAUUUACAUUAGUAGUAGUCCCUUUGUACAGUAUAACACCAUAUUUUAAUUGCUAUUAAUUUAAUAUUGAUUUAAUGUAAUGUGCUGUUGAUUUACUAAAACUACUUGAUUUACUAUUUUACAGUAUGUACCAUGAGGCUUAAGGUAAUAAAUGUAAUACAGUAUUGUAGUGUAGAGUAGUGGCUUGAGAAUAAGGUUGUGCAUUAAUGUAAAUGCUAUAAUAAAUAUAUAAAAAAAUGUAUGUAUUAAAAAAGCAGUACAAACUAAAUAUAGCAGAUAACUUAAAUGCUAUAGUUUGCAAAAGUCUCAUAAUAAUUUUUAAAAUUUAAUAGUCUACAGAUACACAAAAAAUUGCACCCCAAAGCUACAAAAAUAAGUGAAUAGAUGGUUAACAAAUAGUCCAUAAUGAUGACACAGGCAGUUGCUCAUCUAUCAGGGAGUGUAACUAAAACAGGGUAUAAGUUGUUGCGCUCUCCACUAGACUGCCAAUGCUAUCAUAAAGCUCCUUGGAACCCUUAAAAACCACUUAAUAGCUAUGCUAUUGCUUUUACCAUAAAAAUGAAAAGCAAUGCCUUUUCUGUAAAGCAUAAUUAAAUGUAAUACAAGUCUAUGAAAAUAUGUAUUACAUUUCUAUUAAACAAAAAUAUGAAUACUUUAGUGGAAAUGGAAUAUUAUUUUACCUUGAAACCCCAGAUAUUAUUUUACAGAACUUUGCACCUGUUUUUUUAAGUCCUUCCCACCCAAGGACAGCAACACUGAUACUGAAAUAUUUUGCUGUCAUAGCCCCUCUGACUGGCAGUGUGCCAAUCCAGAAUUCCUUUUGUCUUUACAUUACCAUUGCCGAGUAACAUGUUUGGCAGAGGCAUUGUUGCCAGCAAUUAGUAAAGUAGCUGACUUUGAGGAAUGUGUACGGUUAGAGAAACCCUUGAUUUUUUAAACUCAACACUCUUUUAAGUUUAACUACAUUCACUUUAUACAUUAUAUUAUAUAAGGCUUUGAAACAACAUGUGUUUAAGUUUAAGCAACCAUACACAGAAACAGAAUGUCUCUGUCCACAUUAAGCUACAGGGGUUUAAUAAAAAUGACUGGGAUUUGGGAUGCCAACGGUCACAUGACUGACACCAGCAUCCCGACCAUGAGACUUCCGAUAGGGGUCGGGGUAAUUUUUUUUACCCCUUUCCUGUCCCCUACCCUAACCCUCCUGGGGUUGCGGCUAGGGCUAAGAUUCGGGGGUGGUGGUUAAGGCUAAGACACUGAAGGUGACAGCUAUGGCUAACCCCUCCUCUAGUGCCUAACCCUAGCCCCCAUACCUAUAACAGUCACCCUGAUACUUACCUUCAGGAUGUUGGCAGUUGGUGUUCUGGCACCAGGAUUCCGAGUGGUGUCAGGAUUCAAGCAUUGGUCACAUGACCACCGGCAUCCGGACUGCAACGAUGCAUACCACAUCCUGCUCACAGCUGUAUGCUGAAAACAUUUCUGAUUCAGAGUAGGGCACAUAUUUUGCGAAAAAAACUGACAUUAAAUGUGCUGAAAAUAAGAAAUUUACAUGAGUCGGAUCUCUAAAUGCUUCUUUUCUACAUGAUUGCAUAUGCUUCAGGAUUCCAUAUGCACCAGAACUACAUACAGCAUGUAUUAAUUGUGUCCAUCUCUGGCAAAUGCAAUAAUUGGCUGUGUGCUUGCAGUGGUACAAAUGAAAUGGAGUUAUUGGACUUGAGCAGUGAAAUAAUGAUUAAUUAAUAACACUGCCUAAGCUAUCACUUGCCACUUUUCUACAUCUGAGUGCAAUGGGAAUGUUUUGCUUCAUUGGCACAAUGACUGUAAAUAUUAAAUCAAUAUAUCAACAAUAAUAAAUUCAUAGCAGCAUAGAUAAUAUAUAUUAGUACCACUAGUUCAUAUUAUCAAAAUAAUCAUCAAUGGCUCAGAAUGUCCAGGAAAGACACCCCUGAGAAAUUUAAAUCACGUGAUCUGGAACCUCCCGUCCCAGUUUUAUGGCUGUUCAAUCCAAGUAGCUGGCUGACACAUUUUGUCUAUAGGUUCAGCAUUAUUCCUCUAUUAUAGCUGCUGAGUCCUGAAACUAGUGCUAUAGGAACUUUUCUUUAAUGAUAACCAUAAAGCAGUGGUUCACAGUAUUUUUCUCACUGCACCCUUAGGCCAAAAGAUUCUUAUUGAGAAAUUCAGAAAAAAGUAUUAAGUUAAGUAAAAUAUGCCUUCCUGUCAUCCUUAGGGUCAUUUGAUCAUGGACAGGGUUGAACUUCUGCUUGUCCAUAAUCCACCAGAACUGGUAUUGCCUCUCGCAUUGACAAUAAAUAAUAUUAUUUGGUCGUGGACCACUAACUCAUGGCACCCAUAUAUGUGCUCCAACCCGUGGAACCGCAGGGUGCCACAUAAUCCAAUUUGGGAACCAUUGCAUUAAAUUUAAAAGUAAAAACUGUGAACUGCCAUAUAAUAUAGCCACAGUAAAAAUUAAUUAAACACAAUUAGCUGGAGACUGUAGGCUAUAGCCAGUCAAAUUGUAGCAGAUGAGAAGCACUUGGUUUAUGCAGCUGUUCUUUAUCAUCAUCACUGUGCAUUUUGAACCAGUCCUCCAGCAGUCACAAGUGAUAUUGCCUCCUGACAGGUGUAUGUGCUCCUGUAUCCACAUCUGCCUCAAGUUGCAUUUACAAGAAAAUGGCCUUAAUGUAUUCAGCCAAAUUGGCAUACAGAUAGGAGCUUAAGUAUUUUUCAUCUGCAUUACAGAAAUAUAUAUUUUAUGCAAAAAAAGGAUGCAUAUAUGCAACUAUAUUUGAGGCCAUCAGUGUCCAUGCUAUGCUAAGUUUGAAGUGUGUUCAGCAACUUGUUGUAAACAGCUGGGACUGGAAAUAUGUCUAAUUAUCUUCUAUCAUGUGAAGCAUACAUGAAAUGCUACUAUAUAAAUGAUAUUGAUCACAAAAUAAUGAGAAACAAACAUUAUCCGACAGCAUUAUCAUCGACACUCAGAAAUUCCAUGUGUGUGCAGCCUUAGAAAAAUUGCACAGAGAUUAUCUGACUUUCAAAAUCCAGUGUGAAAGUCAAGUUAAACAAAAGAGUUGAAUUUUGUCAUAGAUCCACUUUCAGUUCAGCAAAAAGCAAACAUGUCUACUUUUAAAUUUUAACUGAUUUACCAUGGAAAAACUGAUAGAUAGCCACAUGCAUAUCUGUUUCUUAAAACUUAAUCUGGAUGGAAACUUUUAUCUUUGUAGUUCUUUGACCACUGACAUAUGUUCUAUUUGCAUGGGUGUUUAUGCAAUCAUGGUGGUACUGCUUGUUUUGUAUAUAUUUUUGACUGUAAUUAAGUCAAUUGUGGAUGUAGAACAUUUUCAAAAUAUACAUUUAAUUGUUGGUAAAAAAUGCUAUGUUUUUAUUUCUAACAAUUUUGGAUUCUUGCCAAGGUCUUGAAAGGGUAAAAUAAAGCAUUAUAGCAUUGACAAACCCAACACUACCGCUCACGUUGAAAGAUUCAAGAUGACUGAAUUGAGUAAUAUCCAUAGAACCUACUGUACUAUAGACAACUUGUUUAUUUCAGUAGCAUAAACCAUGAAAUAUGAAUAUAUAAAUAAACAUAUAAAAGCUACUGCAUCCUCAGGUAGAAAAUUCCACAUGAUGCAUUACAUUAGUUUUAAGUCUUCCUUCAAAAUCAAUAGUGUUAUUUUGUUCUCUCAAUAUGCAUAUACUAAUAAAGAUGUAACUGGAAUGGUGCAUUUAAAAUUUGGAUAUACUGCUCUCACAUACUGUAGUUCUAUAUAAAUUCCCUUAUGGAUCUUAAUUUUAAACAUAUAUUCCACCAAUACUGUAGGUAAGUCCUUUUAUUAAGCACAUACAGACACACAAUGGAUCAUGUGAGCACAAAUAGUAUAUCUUUCCUUUGGAAAAACACAGCUAAAAUGCUUGAUUCUCAAAAAAUAAAUGAUCCAAAAUAAAAAAUACAUCAAUAUAUAUGUAAAUUUGUUUUAUAGUGCUUAAUAGAAUUACCAAGCAAAAUGGUGUCAACCAAUUUAAAUAAAGAAGUGGGCUUCCAUUUUUUAAUGUUCUCAUAAUUACUUUGCAGAAGUAAGAAAGAAGAUCUUUUACAAAAUUAAUAUUUUCAAUUCACCUGGAAAUUUAAUUUUGUGUUUAUUAAAAUGCAUUUUUGCACUUUAAGCUUGGGAAAUAUAUGUGCUUAUUAUUUUACUGCUAUUAUAUUUUAUUUAUUUUCCAAGUGUUUAUGUUCAUUCUUUUAAACUGUAAAAUUAAAUUCAACAAUCAAAAUAUUUUAAAUUUAUUUGAAAUAGAAAAAAUGACAAGCAUACUGUACCUUUUCAAAAUAAUGUUGUUAAUGGAAAUAAUAAAUAGUUCUCACACUCUUUAACAACUGUAUACAAAGUAUGGAAUAAGAUUUUAAAAUUGUUGGAAAUGAUUUAUAUCCACAUUGCUUUCUUACAGCAGCAUUCAUCAGCCUUAUAGAUUACAUUUUAACCUUUCUUAUAUGCACAUAAUGCAUUUUUCUUCAAUGGUUUGGUACAGCAAAACUGUAAUGGAAACUAGAUUCCAAUUUAGUCUUCAUAAAAAAGACUGCCAGCCUCAUAAUGUAUGAGGUAGUAAACAUAUGAUUGUAAAUGAGUAGUGCAUAAAAGAUAUUUUCUUGAAUUUCUUGCAAACAGUUGCAGCAUGUAAAUAUAUAACAAUGUUGGCUAGUGUGUACUUCUUGAAUUCAAAGAUAUAAAUAAAGGACUAAAUUAAAA